CGGCCACAGUGCACCAUGGUGGUCGGAAAAGUGCAAAGCAGCCCACAAGGCCUACAAAGAAGCGGCAGACGGCUCCCCCGCCCAAGAGGGAGCCCGUAAGACCCUCAGAGACUCCAUACGCCGCAGCAAGCGAGCCCACUGGGACGAGAUCAUAGCGGAAGCCAGCGCCACUAGGAACAUUUGGUCAGUGGCCAAGUGGCGCAAGGCGACGGACCGCUUUCAACCGCCCCCCCUGAUAGACGGGGACAAAAGCAUCUCAGACCCCACGGAGAGAGCGACUUUCCUCAGAGACAAACUUCUCAAGCGAAAGACAACAGAGGAGGACAUCUCAGACCCAUGGGAAGAGGACUUUCCCGUCAACAAGAACAUCCACUGGGACCAAACAGUGUCGGAGCCGGAGGCCAAGAAAGCCACAACGGGGUCAGGAAACACCGCGCCCGGCGCAGACGGCAUAUCAGUCGCCCUUCUACAGCUCGCCUGGCCUGCCAUCGGCGAGUACGUAACCAACCUUUUCCGCGGAUGCCUGAUGAUAGGACACCACCCACUCCCCUUCCGGAGCGCGGAGAUCACCAUCAUCCCCAAACCUGGGAAGCCGGAGAAGGCGUACACUACGCACAAAGGCUAUAGACCCAUCUCCCUGCUCUCCUGUAUAGGCAAAGGCCUCGAGAGACUCCUAGCUAGAAGAGUCUCCCUCCUAGCGAUGGAACACAAAAUACUGCCAGAACAAUAUUUCGGGGCUCUCCCAAAAAGGUCCGCGACAGACCUGGUCGCCUGCUUGCUACACGACGCCGAAGUCGCCCUGGCCCAGGGUCUCGUCAUCUCCCUCCUUACACUCGAUAUCUCCGGCGCGUUCGACAUCGUCAUGCGCAACCGCCUGGUGUACAGACUCAGGGAACAAGGUUGGCCCCCCCUCUUUGUGAAAUGGGUCGACUCCUUCAUGAGCGACCGCAAGGCUCUUGUUCGAAACGGAUACGGGACCACCCUCCCGGAGACGGAGCUGGAAUGCGGAGCCCCACAGGGGUCCCCCAUCUCCCCCAUCGUCUCCAUGCUCUAUUUUUCCCCCAGCCUGAAGCUCAAUGACCCCAACACCCGCUUCGGGUACGCGGACGACAUUGGCAUNAUGGCAGUGGGGGCCGACACCAAAGAAACCGCCCAGAAGCUCCAGUGGGAAUUGG